AGGAACCGGAAGUAGAGUUGUUAAAGGCGGGCUCAGGAAGUUGAGUUUUGAACGGUUGCUGGCUAGCUAGCUACAGUUUGCAUUUGUAUUGUAUUUUACAGUGACUGUGAACUACAGCAGCUAGAACUUUCUCUGGCUAGUGUCAUCUAUUGACUAAGGGGGAACACACCUACUACAGCAAUGUCGUCAACAUCACAGAAACACAAGGAGUUUGUGGCUGAGCCUAUGGGUGAGAAGCCAGUGAUGGCACUCGCUGGAAUUGGAGAGGUGCUUGGAAAGAGACUGGAAGAAAAAGGCUUUGAUAAAGCGUAUGUUGUUCUCGGCCAGUUCCUGGUGCUGAAGAAGGAUGAAGAGCUGUUUCGCGAGUGGAUAAAGGAUACCUGUGGGGCAAACUCCAAACAGCAAGGCGACUGUUAUAGCUGCCUCAGAGAAUGGUGUGACUCCUUCCUGUAAUUAGGUUGUUUUGUUGUUGCUUAUCAUUUUUUGGUUAUUUUUUUAAAACUGGGUUUCCCUUUACAAAUGGAUGCAUCAAUAGUGAACAGAACACCUAUUAGCAGUACGCUGCAAGUAGGAUUUUAACACAUUCACAAGGAUUUAUUGCCUUAUGUGUUUUAAUGUACAUGAACAACACAAUUUUUUAUUAUUUUUUUUUUUUUGGCAACAUUUUAUGGUUUUAUAAAAUUCUAAGCACCAAAAGUGAAUCUGUGUGUCAAAUGCUAAUGGCCUACAUGUAGCACCUUCCUGGUCAUUUACUUUAUGGAGCAGACGGCAUCAUUUUACAACCCCAUACUGACUUGAUGUUGCAAGUUUUACAAUGUUCUAAUUAAAAAUGCUACAGCUCUAGUUGUUAUUAACAUGCUGGUUGUUUUAAUAAAUGAACAACUGUUAUA